UUGUUUGGAGAUAACUAAUUAUUAAAUUUGAUUACAUGAUAUCUUGUAUCUGCUGAAAGGGAGGCAUUGGACACCAUUGCUGCUGAUAUGCCUCAGAGACCCUUAGGAAUAUCUGUCUCAAUGCAGACAGAUGCAAGCUGGAUUUAUGAUCACAUCUACAGAAAAAAUGUUUGCACUCCAAAGGGCAAGCAAAAGGAGCUUCUACCUGAGAAUGAUAUCUAUGAAGUCAUAUCCCAAGAUCUCAGCUGCUUAGACAUUUUGUGCGACACAGAGUUUAGAGAAGACUUCUUAAAACUGUUUCAAGAAUCUCUGCACACAAUUUCCAGUGUUGGUCCACCUACUAUUCUAGCUUAUAGACCAGAGUCAUCAAGACAAGAUAGUCCCAUUGAGGUUCAGAAGGAGUAUCCAGAAACCUGUGAAUUCUGUGGCAGCCCCCUGAGGUACUACCCUUCAUUUGAAAGUCUGGAACACAUUGCAGAAUGGGGAAAUUUUUUCUGUUGCCAGCAAUGCCGGGAGCUUCAUGAGUUCAUUGUCAGUGAAAAAGCACGCUGUCCAAAGAAAAUUGAGUUGAUUGAUAUUGCCCCUCAUCAGGCCCAUGGAAGUGAAGCUGAGAGACAACAGGCCAAAGAAAGAGCUCGACAGAGGCUCAGAGAGAGACAAAUGGCAAAAGAGUUUGCCUUCAUGGCAGCAGAAGAGGAAAAAAGUGCACUUCCAGUACAUGUCCCUGAAUACAAUAAACAGCUUAGAACACUUUCCUUCUGCCUGUCUCAAGAGACACCUUCUUCAACAAGCUGGACACGAAUUCCUCAGCCAAUAACUGAAGAAGCAGAGUCAGUGAUACCAGACAACACAUACAACAUCUCUUGCUGUGAUUUCACUAUUGCAGGUGGAAAGUUAGUGAAAAACCAAUUCUUACAACAGUACUACAAAAAUGGUGUGAAGUUCCUUACCAUGUUUCCGGACGGUACUGCACAAAUAUUCUAUCCAUCUGGAAAUCUGGCAAUUAUUGUUGUACGGAAGAAUGAAAACACAGGGUACAUUUGUAUAGUCCAAGAAGACAAGCAUGAGAAGGCUGAAAUCCAAGCAGUAUUUGACUCCUGUGGGAAAGGAACUUGUUAUCAUCCAAACAGAAUUGUAUGGAUAAAUAUUACGAUUCGUGGAGGACAUUACUCAGAUCAAGCUGGCAACAAAGUGAAAACAUGGAUUUGGCCCAACAGUCUACAGAAGCACAAUCCCCGUGUAUCAUUUAAACCAAUCUUUCUAUCCUUGAACCUUAACGUUGGUGUCAGGAUACUUGGGCAAGAUAAAAUUGCCAUUUCUUUUCUUGCAAUGGGAAAACAAGCAAAAAUCAAUGUAGGAACCAAGGUGGAGCCACUUGCUGAACACCAUCCAUGGCCAAAGUACAUAGCUGAAGAUGACCUUCUCCUCUUCGCCAAUCGAUUAAAGAUUCUUCGCAUCUUUGCUAAACUGCAUGGAUAUUUAGACUUCCCUGCCAGUGACUGGUGGACUAAACUGGAGGUCCCUUCAUUUCUUUUGAAACGGACUUUGAAGUUAAUAUAUCUUUGUAACGAAUGUGAAAUAAGCUGUGCUCUGGAUCGCUUAAUAACAGCAAUAUUAAAUUCACCAGCCUGAUCAAUAGGAUGUUGAUUGAACAGUGUGCUGAAGUCACUUGCUCCUCUGUUUAAAAUAUUUAUUAAUCUGUUGAAUUCUGUAAGCAAAUGUAAAUGUCUUUAAUAUUUUUAUGUAUGCUUAAAACAUACUAUAUAUGGGUAUUUUCAUGGAUUUUACAUGUAGUGUUAGAAAAAUACAAGUAUGAAGCUAACUUUAGUAAGAAGACUGAAUUAUAUGCCAUAGGAUUCAACAGCUGUGCAUAAAGUUCUAGAUCCGGAUUUUGCUGUGGUAAAAAUUCCAUAAUCCUUUUAAAGCCAUGCCCUUAUACUAACCCACAUAAUUCAUCUGUAAAGUUUUGAUUUCUCCAUACUUCCUCUUUAAGGAAGAUGGUAAACAAAACAAAAACGGUGGACUGAGAAGGAAGAUGCUGCUCAAGCCAUAGGCUUGCAUAUAGUUACAAUCUUGAUGGAAUUAGACCCUAUCAGGUACUGACAUGGUUUCAUGUUACAUCUAAGAUUUUUGUUGGAAAAAAGAAAGAUUUGUUGUUCCCAGUGUUUGAAAUUAAACUAUCCAAUCAUUACUCAGACCCAUGUCCAUCUUUGGGAAAACACAUAAUAUA